AUGCGCUACACAGAUCAAGCCAUAGCAGCUGAUGAGCUGCACGUUAAAACAGACGGAUCCGUGCCCAUGGAUGCUAACCUCGACAUGAACGAGCAUUCCAUCUGUAAUUUGACGUACAACGAUAGCUCUUUGACAUGUGCUGUCCCUGCCGGUUGGGUGAAGAAUGAAAUCCGUCAAUCAUCAUCAAGAUUGCAACACGACAUCGACGCUGUGCGCAAGAUGAAAGGUCCUCGUGGUGAUCGGGGAUUGGGAUGGCUUAGCGGAGGUGAUAUGCCACUGAACUCUGUAGGGAGAAACGGUGACUUCUAUGUGGAUGCAACCACGCUCAUCUUGUACAAGAAAUUCAGCUCGGAAUGGAUGGCUUUCGGUCAGCUUCAUAGAUCAAGAGGUGAAGCUGGUCCACGUGGAGAACGUGGAUUGAUCGGUCCUGAAGGUGAGACUGGACCUAGAGGAGCUGAUGGACAAGGUGGUGAGCGCGGUCAAAAAGGUGAUCAAGGAAUACCUGGUCCAGAAGGUCCCAGAGGUAAAGUUGGACCACGUGGAGAACGUGGAUUAGUGGGUCCUGAAGGUGAGAUUGGACCUAGAGGACAAGAUGGGUAA